AGGAUUCCGUACGUACGUCAGACUUAAUGAAAAAACAUGGCGGCCGCCCUGGCAAGGAGAGUGUCUGGUUUGUACCAACAUUUAAUAUUUCUACAAUCAAACUUGUAUGUCUUAAAUGUCAAUGUGAAGUAUAUUUUUCAUAUUUUGAUUUAGUGGUCUAAGAUUUCUUGGAAGUGUUCAUAAAUCUAGCACAUCCUGAAUAGCGUAAUCUGUUCGGUGGGUCUCCUCUUGACUGUGACGCCUCUUGUUCUGUGUUUUCACGUUGUCCUUGUGUCUCACAGGGCUGCUGAGGCCGCUGUCUGUUUCUCUGUGUGCUAAGACACCACAACUAUGUCAGCUCUCCAGCCUCACCCAGAGGCCCCCUCUGUACAGCUCUGCUGCAGCCGCGGUCAACGCUCCUCUGUGGGCUGCAGCGGGUCUGACACCCCGGUACAACAUCCUGCAGCGGUGAGUCAGGAGUCAGGGGGACCCGGAUCUAUUUACAACACUGUACAUUAAUACAACUGUAGCGGCCAUAAGAACCACUUUAUAGAAAAUUAGAGGUGAUACAACGCCAUUUAAACGAGAAUCAAAAGUCUGUUUUUACUGAAAUAUUUGAAGUAAAGCUGACCAAAGUGUCUGAAAUCCAUCACUACAGCCAGUGGUAGGGGACAGUGGGGUAAGAUGAGCCAUUUUUCAUAUUUCGGAUUAUUACAUCAUGUCAAUUAUAGUUUUGUCUCCAACUAGUGAAUCUGUAUAUAUUUCAAGAUGUUGUGCAUCCCUGAAAACCAACAGAAUGAGUGUAAACAUAACUGUCUUGAUAAUAUAGCAUGCCAAAAAAAGUGGUCUUCUAUGGUCAACUUACCCCGUGUAUGGGGUAAGUUGAGCCGUAUACCUACUACCCCCCUCCUCACCUCACCUUCUCUCUCCAAAAAUAAGAGUCACAACUGGUACAAUAAUCCUUUUUAUUAUUAUUGCAUAUAACUGCUAAAAAGCUGUUUUGUAAAAAGCUGUUUUAACGUGAGAAUGCCUUUAAGUGAUUCAGAACAUUCACAGCUGUAUUUUUGAAAAGAAAAAGUAAAACAUUUCAACAAUCUGAACUGAAACUCUGAUCCUCUCAUCAGACUUCUUUACUUUCCUAAUUAAGGCACUGGCUCAACUUACCCCAGAACUAUUAUUAUGACUUUAUUUGUCCUCUAAGCUAAAAUGGUGGACUUUUAUGUUUUAUGUUUUUGACCUCAUGGAUACCACAAUUGAUGUAUAAAACAAAUUUAAAAUGAUCUUUUUUGGUCUGAACACAAUUCUAAGAAAACUUAUGACAGACUAAAUUCACUUUCAAGAGUGAAAAAUGUUUUUUUGUAAAUAAAUGUCUAACCCCUUCACCCAUGUGCUUCCAACCUUCACAGACUCCACGAAUUGAUGCCUAUCUCCUAAAUAUUUGGUCACAUGAUCAAUUUCUUUUACCAUUUCCAAGCAACAGGGGGUGGCUCAACUUACCCCACUCUCCUCUUUGUAUUUGUAUCUAGUGAAGUGAGGGCUGCCACUCAUUUUGGUUCUUUGAUUAACCAUUGUUAAACCCUUUCUUUCCUCUGUUUCAAUGUGCUGUUCCAGGGUAUCAUCAUAUAUUCCCAACCUGACUCAGCAACCAAGCAGAAGUCUCACAUACUACAGUGUGAAGAAGGGGAAGAGAAAGUCUGUAAAAUCGGUGACAGAGCGGUUUAUGAGGCUGCACUGUGGCCUAUGGAUCAGACGCAAGGUACAGGUCUUGGGCUGUUAACUGCACUGUGCAUCUCUCUACACCAGUGGUUCUCAAUCCAGUCCUCGAGCCCCCCCUGUCCUGCAUGUUUUGGAUGUUUCCCUGCUCCAACACACCUGAUUCAAAUGAUCAGCUCAUUAUUAAGCCAUUACAGAGCUUGAUAACGAGCUGAUCAUGUGAAUCAGGUGUGUUGGAGCAGGGAAACAUCCAAAACAUGCAGGACAGGGGGGGCUCGAGGACUGGAUUGAGAACCACUGCUCUACACCAUUAAAACACAGAGUUAAUGAACUGACUUGUUUUUUGGGUGUGAACAGGCUGGAUACAAGAAGAAACUGUGGAAGAAGAAACCUGCCAGGCGAAAGCGCCUGAGGGAGCAUGUCUUCUGUAACAAAUCCCAAAGCAAGCUUCUGGAUAAGAUGACAACAUCUUUUUGGAGAAGGAGGAACUGGUACCUUGAUGAUCCCUACAUGAAGUACCACAACAGGGUCAACCUGAAAGUGUAAAUCUUGUUUUCUGUUUAAAUAUGAUUGAAUAAAGUUAGACAUGUAACAUAGUCUUGUCUCAAAUGA